GAGGCGUGAUAGCUGACUGGACUCGUGUUGCUCGACUCGACGUCGCCGCAUCGCGCAUCGCGCGGCACAUAAAUACUAGGCAGCUCGCAUCCAGCAUCCACGCGAAACGACAAGAUAGAAUGAUACAGGCCAAGAUUGACGUCGGGCCAGAGUGGGAGGCGGUCGGGCCGUUCCCAAGCGGCAUGCGCGAACACCCCCUCCUCGCGUCCCCGCUCCACGCGUUCCCCCGCGCAGGGGGGCACGCGAACGCGGACAUUGACUUUGCACGCCGGCCCUACGGGGAGGGGGACUGGCCAUCCGAGCUGCCGUGCGGCGGGCGCGCAGCCUGGGCGCGCUUCACGUCGUCCCACGAGGACGAUGUCGUUGAAGUGUCCUUCCCGGCAGACUGGGACCAGCUGCGCGCCGACCGCGGCUGGGCGAGCCUGCAGUACUCUGCCUUGCUGCGUACACGCGUCGUCAUCCCGCCCAACGCUGGUGCGGUGCUCGUCGACGCCCUCCAGGCGGUCGAGUACGCUUUCGUGGCCGACGGCGACGACGAUACCCCGCCGACGUGGUACAAUGGCGACGUUUACGCGUUCGGCGCGACCCCGCUCGGCGAGCGCGACGCCAGCGGCCCGAGCAACUUUGCCAAGCCCGUCGUGCUCGCUCCUGGCGGGUACACCCUCCUCGUGCGUGCCAUCUACGAGUGCAGGAUGUUCGGCGACCCCGGCGUCGGGAACCCGCCAGUGAUCAAGGUGACCUUCCGCGCGUGGGCUGGUGCGCCGGCAAGUCUCCUCCCGGGCCUCGGGGUGUUCCCGGACGUGGUAGACGGGUGGUUGGCUGGCGAGUGGGCCUCGGUGCCCCUCCGCGCAGGGCACGCGCCGCUCGUGGUCGACGUCGACGCCGAGGUCGCGCCUGGACUGCGGCUCAAGACGGUUAAGACAGUGCACAUCCAGCCGUACCAGACCCGCCCGGUGGCCCUCAAGAUCAAGCAGGCCAAGCGCCUCGCCGCCGACGUCAAGCAGCUGAAGGUCGCCCUCGGCGGCUUCCACUGGGCGAUCGACGUCACGCAUGCUUCCAUCUCGGACACCAAGUCGUUCAGGCUCACGUUCGCUAGCCCCGCCCCGGAGCCACGGCAGCCGCCAGCGCUUGUGUCUCUCGCUGUUGUCGUACCCCCCGCAAAACCCUACGAGCCGCCCACCUUCCCCGUCUUCCUCGCCCUGCACGGCGCAGGCGUGUUCAACGAGGAGCCCGGGUGGAGAGGGGAGAUGCCGACCGUGCCCCUCUCGUGGGUCAUCCUGCCGUCCGGCCGCAACGAGUGGGGCGAGGACUGGCAUGGUGGAAGCAUGGCCGAUGUCUGGGCGGCGCGUGACGCACUCGCGCCGGCCAUCGCGCCGAUUGGCGUGACCGUGUCUAAUGAGACUGUCCUCAUCGGCCACUCUAAUGGAGGCCAGGGAACAUGGCAUCUCGCAGCGCGCUAUCCCGAUCGCAUUCGCGCCGCUAUCAUUGCGGCAGGGUAUCUCAAGAUCCAGGACUACGUGCCGUACACUGAACAUACGGGGUGGCGGUUUGCCGACCCAGCGCUCGCUGGCGUACUAAUGUCUGCGCUCUCGCCCUACAACAACGACCUGUACGCGUCAAACCUUGCUUCUGUUCCAAUCCUCGCCAUCCACGGCGGCGCAGACGACAACGUGCCCCCGCGCCAUGGCCGCGCGCACGUCGCCCUCGUCUCGGCGUGGACGCGCGGCGGCGCAGACAUCAAGUUUGUCGAGUACAAGGGCAAGGACCACUACUGGCCCGGCAUCUUCCGCGAGGACGCCGUCAAGGAGUUUAUCGAGGCGCUCCCGCCCAAGCGCAGCAUCGACGAGGUGCGCAAGGCAGGCUUUACGCUCGCGACUGCCAACCCGGACGAAUCGGGUGGUAAAGGCGGCAUCAAGAUCAUCGAGCUGCUCGCUCCCGGCCGACUGGCGAGGCUGGACGUCAACGCGCCGCAGUGGAAGGACGGCGCUGGCGACGGCGAGCUCGACCUCCACGGAACCAACAUCAAGCGUAUCGAGGUGACUGGCUAUGCGCAGGGUGAGGCCGCAACCACGUUUGAGCUGGAGAAUGGGGAAUGGGCGCCAGUGCCAUCCUCCUCCCCACUCCCCCCACCCCGCGCGUACGGCCCAGUCAUCCGGCUGCUUUCAACCCGGGCGCCGAUUGUUCUGGUCGUACCUGAGGCGAGCGACUCACCGCUUCGAUCAUUCGCCGUGCGAUACGCCAACGACCUGUUCACAUACCACCGUGUCGACGUCAAUAUUCUCGGUGAUGGCGAUGCGCUCCGUGCAGUCGCCGACGGAUCUCUUGGCUCGGGCAGUGUCGUCGCUCUUGGCCGCCCCGACCAGAACAGGUACAGCCACUGGCUUAUCGCCCAGGAACGUAUUCCUCUCGCAUUCCCCACGCGGGGUGUAAUGACUAUUCACGGCGCGCUCGUGUACGAAAAGGGUGCUGGCAUAGUAUCGCUGCUCCCACAUCCGACGGCGGGGGACGACGCGCUGGGCGCCAUCGUGGCUGGCAACGACGACGCAGGGUUCGACCUCGCUGCGAGGCUCUUGCCUCUGCGCACGGGCGUCCCCAUUCCCGACUGGGCAGUGACGAGCACGAGGAGCUUGUGGCAGGGCGCCGGUGGCUUUAUUGGCGCUGGGUGGUGGUCGAGAGAGUGGGGGUGGAGUGGUAGGGCGAGCUGGCUGGAUCGUGAGUAAGUCGGUAGGUGGCAGGUGGGG